UUCUACCAUACAUAAACUUCCGUUUAAAAAUUGUAGGCGAGGAAAAAGUUUUGCGAUGGCAUUCACAUUUGCUGCAUUUUGUUACAUAUUUGCAUUGAUCUUAUCAGCUGUUCUUAUUUUUUUUGCAAUAUUUCAUAUUAUAGCUUUUGAUGAACUUAAAACAGAUUACAAAAAUCCUGUAGAUCAAUGUAGAAGUCUUAACCCUUUAGUCCUACCAGAGUAUUUAAUUCAUGUGUUGUAUACGAUACUGUUUGUAUUUGCACAACAAUGGGGGACACUUAUAAUGAAUAUACCUUUAAUAGCAUAUCAUGUUCGAAGGUACAUGAACAGACCUGUGAUGAGUUGUCCUGGGUUGUAUGACCCUACAUCCAUCAUGAAUGCUGAUGAGCUGAGUAGAGCUCAGAGGGAAGGAUGGAUCAAAUUAGCAUUUUAUCUCAUUUCAUUCUUUUACUACUUAUACAGUAUGAUAUAUGUUUUGGUGUCCAACUAAAGCAUUUAGGUCAAAGAUCAAAGAAUUAUCUACUUAUAUAUUUGUCCAACAGCUGAACAAUUAAAUGGUUAUUGGAUGUGUUCAGAUUGGAAUUGCCAUGUUUAUAUGUUGUAUCCAUUUCUAUACUUAACUUAUUAAAUAUUUCAAGAUGUGUAAUACCCGAACAAACUGUAGCGGUGUAAAUUUUAAUAUGCAUGUGGUACAUUAAAUGCAAAAGUGGUUGAUAACUAUUUAACAUGAAAAAAAUGACAAUGCACCUUGUCUCUCUGGUUUUUUUUUCCUAAUUUUAUUACUGUGUUUAAAACACAUACGU